CCCGUCGCUCCUUAAACGUGCACUGAGCGAUUUUUGAAAAACGCUUUUGACCGCAGUGUGUGACCGAGUCACAAAACACACUUGUAACCAAUCAGCAGUUAGGGGGAGUGUCUUGUACUGAUAGAGAGAAGAGACCGCUCAAUUUGAGUGCACACGACGGAUAUUAGCAGAUCGACUAUAGAUAGAGAGAGAGAUGGCAGAUGAAAAAAAAGAGGAAAAUAUCAGAGAAACAAAACAUUAAAAAUAAGGGUUACGAUCAGGCAAGAAGUAGGACCCGCGUAAAUGUCAGAGCAGCUUUCCAGCAGUGGAGAGAACUCUGGAAGGAGAGAAGGGCUCGAAUCGGAUGCGGAGGUUGUGUUAUUUCUUCUUGAUAGAAUGGCCUUGUCAGCCGUCCAACUCCUGUGCCUGGAGCAGAUGGACCGUUUGCUAGAGGACCAUACCAGGGACUUUCUCGAUCUGGCGUGCCUUACCAACUUCCCGGACCGCUCGCUCUGUGUUUUCUAAAUCUCCAGCUUGAGCGAGCGGUGUAAGGCACGCCUGCUAGCGAACGGUCCCAAAGAGGAUUUCGCCACUUGUGUGGAGUGGGUGCUGGAGAAUAAUGGACUGUUUUUCUCCAUCAGCCCCUCAGAGGAGGAUAUCUCCAGCCCCACUCCCGAACCAGAGACCAGCCAGCCGUCACCCCGCUAUACGGAGAUACUGCCUGAGCCCACCGCAGACGGAGAGCCUGAGCCCGCUGCGACUGAGCCUCAACCAUCCGCUGACCAAGUGCGUGAGCCGGGCAACAUCGUCCGUCUUCGAGGGAGUUUUGGUGGUGUACGAGGGCUUGGAGGGAAGCCCCGCCCACACUCCUACGACUGAGGGUGAGCUGCAUCUGGUUUCUGGGAGUUAUAAAGAGGAACUAAUGGACAUCUUCCAGAUGGACCUGAUAGACUGGUUUGGAGAAAUACUAACCUGUGCUCCUGAAUCUCCUGUGUCUCCGCUGGUUCCGUCCAGCCCUGAAUCUCCUGUGUUCCCUCCCAGCCUCCCUCUCCCGCCUCCUCUCAAACCAGCUAGUUCCUCGCCUGUCAGUCCCUCAGCUCACCCUCAGUCAGCACCUGCCAUGCGCUCUGUUCCACCGCCUCGGGACUUCCAGUCUGCAGCUCCGCCCAGACAUGCGGAUCCCCUGUCUCCACUUCCAGCCUCCAAGCCUUGGACUACACGUCGGUCCUCCGACCCAUCGGCUCCACCUCGGCUCCUAGCUCCCUCGUCUCCACCGUUGCCCGUCAUCCCACUGGCUCCACCGGGCUCCCUCGUCCCUCUGGCUCCGCCUUGGUCAGUCGUCGACCAUCCGCCGCCUCGGGACUCCACUCCUCUGGAUUUGCCUCAUCACUCCAUCCCUCCGGCUCUGUCAGGCUCCUCCUUCCCUCCGGCUCCACCUUCAUCCUCAGUCGCACCGGCUCCACCGCGGUCUUCCGGAUCCCCGCCUCCGCCUCAGUCGCCUGAGCCUUCAGCUCCGCCUUGGCCCUCCGGAUCCUCAGUUUCUCCCCGGCUCUCCGUCUGCCCCGUUCCACCUGGGUCUCCACCUCCAGUUUCUCAGUGUCCGUCAGUCGGCCCCCUGGUGUCGUCGGCCCCUUCUCCACCAUGACUCCUCCCGCCGUCAACUCCACUGUGGGCCGCCAUCCUGGCUGGUCUCUGGAUUGCCACCUGGCUCCUCCUGCUCCAGGCUCCUCCCUGGCUCCUUCCCCCAUCGACUCCACCCUGGCCCAAUUAACUUUUGUUCCUUCCCCAUUGCCUGCCCUCCUCCUGCUCCACGCCCACCUCCAGAACCCCCACCCUCCCUCCUCUGUUGGACGGUUUUUGUUCCGGUAGGGGCACAUGUUGACCCAGUUUCCUUAGUUCCCUGAUUAGUUAAUUAGCACACCUGUUUCUGUUUCCCCUUGAUUACAUUGUAUAUUUAAAGCCUGUGUUCUCCCCUCAUUCUUUGUCUGCUAUCGUUUGUAUAACGUGUUUUGCUACCCCUUGCUCCUGGAUAUGCUCUGUUUACUUUAUCUGGAUUUUUAUUAAACUACUUUGUUUC